GUCGGAUGUGAGGUCCGAUGGACAGCCCAAAGGUAGAAUAGAGAUUGCGACUCAUUCCUUUACUCCGACGGAGGUUGACACUCUACGCUCUAUACUCUUAGAGAAGUUUCAUAUCCAUUCUACUCGUAAUGCCCAAAAUCAAGCUAAAGAGCAGUAUAUAAUACGAAUACCUAAAAGAGAGGUUACCAGAGUGCAGGAGCUUGUGAAACCUUUCAUACCUUCAUCGAUGGCCUAUAGAGGCGGGCUACCGGGCUACCUUCUCACUAAGAAGGAGACAUUUAGUUAUGGCUCUCAUAGACGAGGAACACCCUCACGCAAGCGGCUCACCCAGGCACAGAAAACAACAAUAUCGGAACAACUUGAUAAUAAUAAAGAGUUACAAGGUAUAAUAACAGGAAUGGAAUUGGGUGAUGGAAAUUUGGAAAUGAAUGGCAAUGAGGCCCGAAUGCGAUUUCACCUAAAGGAUCAGGCCUUUUCGAUUUUUCUUUGGACCCUCUUUGACUCUAUCGGUAUUGUAGGGGCACCACCUAAAGAGACCUCUAAUUAUCAUAAGUGGUAUCAAAAUGUAGAUGGCAAAAAUAUCAAGGUUAUUCCUUCUAAUAUCGCUGAGUUUUGA